CGUGGUCAUUUUAAGGGCUGCAUAUACAGAACAAGUUUGUUUGAAACCGUCUCCUCUCGUUAUUCUUUUUAAAUUCCAAACACUUCCUUUUAAAUCCACUGAGAAUUUUAAGAAAUGUUUCUGAGACUCCGGAGGUAGCGUCCAUCACACAAGAAGAAACGGUGCAUAAAUCCCCGCAACAGCCUAAUGCUCGCCGCUCCCACACCCUUUGUGAUCCAGCCGGGAUCGGUGGGCCGCUGAGGAGCGUCUCCUCCGGGAUACACACGAAAAGCGCGUCUUGCCAUGUAAACUGGCUCGCAAAGCUGUGGCUCGCAUGAGGAGAAAGGGAUGGAAGAAACGACGAUGUCGUCUGUCCGGUGUUGAGUCUGUGUUGAAAAGCCCGCCCGGAGAGGAAAAGAAGGAGAGCAAUGGUCCCCCUUUAAUUUCAUCUUCAGAAGACAGUAACGAGGACAACUCUGAGGACGUGGAAUUAAAAAGUGAAGGCGACACAUAUGAGGAACUGGGUCAAAUGAAGGAGGACCAUGAGGGUAACUCCAAAAGGGAGAGCGAGGAUCGGAGUAUCAGCAUCGAGAUCCCCGAGGUGCUGAAGAGGAAGCUGGAGGAUGACUGUUACUACAUCAACAAGCGUAAGAAGUUGGUGAAGAUCCCCUGCCAGAUGAACAUCAUAAACAUCCUGGAGUCAUACGUGAAGCACUUCGCCAUAAACGCUGCCUUGGCAGUCAACGAGAGGUUCCGGCACCAGAGCAGCACUCAGCCCAGCCUCAGCUCACACUACGUCCCUCCCGAGAAGAAUGAGGAGCUUUGCAAAGAAAUGGUGGACGGGCUGCGGGUCACCUUCGACUUCACCCUUCCCGUGAUCCUCCUGUAUCCAUAUGAGCAUGCUCAGUUUAAGAAGGUCAGCUCGUCCAGGUUCUUUCUGCCCAGUCGGGACAUCACUACGGCCAGCCUGAGCAGGACAUUGCGAGACUGUUCCCCCAGCUCCCCCAGCCCCCACACGUCCCCAGAAAGCCGCCCCCCUCUCAACCAGACCCCAACAGCGAAGCGUCGCCGUGCCGACCCAGAUGUGUUGCAGUCCUUACGGCGUUCAGCGCGUCACCACGCACCGGGGGGGGACCGGGUGUCCGACAGCGGAGCCUCCCCACAGCCAAAAGCCAGGGCUCUCCUAGGCCUGGACAAGAAAGUCCCUGCCCAUAGCGGCUCAUCCUCUCCUGUAACAGCGCCCCCUAGGAAAGAGGGCAGCUGCGUGUUCGGUGGCUUGGAGGGUCGAGGGAACAGCGGCCUAAAUGAGGUCCUGAGCUGGAGGCUGACCCCCGAUGACUACCCCAAUAGGGACCGCCCCCCUCCCCCAUCCUGCAUGUACGGAUCCCAGCAUCUGCUUCGCCUCUUCGUGAAGCUCCCAGAGAUCUUGGGUAAGAUGCACAUUCCUGACAAGAACCUGAGGGCCCUGGUGAAGCAUCUAGAGCUGUUCCUCAGGUUUCUAGCAGAGUUCCAUGAGGACUUCUUCCCUGAGUCUGCGUAUGUGUCCAUCUCCGAGGCACACUACAGUAUGAAGCAUCCACGGGCCUCCUAUUGACGCUUCACUACAAUCAGCUCCUGUGUCCUGCAUCCCUCUCCCACUACCUGAGCCCUUCGGUUUUUCCGGCCAGGAUUGAUUGACUCGCAUGUGUCCCAGGGUCAUGAUGGUGAAGAACACAGCCAGUUUCCUGGUUGUAGAUAUUCCAUGUCCUCCUCCCAGCAGGGGUUGCUUGGUUCCUCAUGUGUUCUUGUGGCUCUUCUGAGUUCUCUCGUUUAUGAUUUAUAGUAAUAAGACAAACAGUUACAUUUUACAUCUGUAUUGCAUUAUAGAUACCUUAUAAUGCUCGGUAUAAGAAUUAAUAAAGCAUUAUAGCAUCUUCUAUUGACAGUCAUAAGGCGUAAUGUUUAUUAUAAUACUUCAUACAGUAUGGUCGAAUGAAGUUCGAAGCUGUAAUGCACUAGAAAUACCUUAAUAAUGCAUUAUAAUGGUCGGUAUAAGAAUUAAGGAUGUUUUGUAGGGCUGCCAGAAUUGGUCGAUGUAGUUGAUGAUGUCGACAUUGAAAAUGCAUCGACAUCAAUAUUUUAAAUCAACACAUUCAUUAUUUUAAUGAAAUUACUUUUAUGGUAUCUAAAAUGCUUCAGUUCAUUAUAAUAUGUUUUCCUUCAAUAUCACUAUGUAAUUAUGGGAAUAGUUCAAAUUAUCACAAAACAAAAAUGAGGUUUUACACUGUGCAAAGUUUCAAAAGCAACUAUGCGCUAUGCACGAGCACCUGAAAAGAAAAUAGGCGCAUUUCUGGAUGACGAGCCACCAUAAUAGGCAAAGUCGCCAUAAAUUGUCUAUUCAUGUUUAUUAAAUUACUCUCAGCACAGAGAGCAUUUUAAUAUCUUCUCUUGUUGGAGCUGCUAAAUACACUCAUUAUUAAAGCCACGAAGUUGCCUGCCUGCAACUGUUUGAGAAAAUGUUUAGGGUAAAAUCUGAGCUUAUUCUACACUGAUUGACAGUGCCAGUGUUUGUUGGGCUUGCGGGACCAGUGUUGUUAUCGUGAAUUAAAACUGGAACAAAAAUGGACGCUAAAUAAAAGAAAAUAAUUGUGAACUGGAAUAAAAAUGAAAACUAUAUUUACCAAAAAAAAAAACAUGCCGGACAUUAAUCUGCAAAUUACCGCCAUACCACCGAUGGCUUUCUUAACUUGUUUAUCUACAGUAUCUCCUCUUUUAAAAGAUGUUGUGGCUGUUAAGCUGUCCCUUUCUUCACCUAGACUUCAGUGCUUAUUGCUUGCGUGAUAUACCAGAACGUACAGUAGCACGUGGCGUGCUCCGAUAACCGAAUUUUUGGGCAUCACAGUAUGCUUCUUAUCAAUAUUUUAUGCAUGCUAUUAAUCUGCUUAUCGAACUAUGGAUGAAUAUAAUGUUCGUACAGUAUAGUGCCAAAAUGCCGGUGUCCAUUAUCUAAAGCCCUGCAAUGAUAAACAGUUUGUUGUUGUCAAAAUAAAUUUAAAUUAAACAGUCAAUGUGAUUUUCUGAAGGAAAAUUGAUCAUUUAAAUUUAUCGAACAAUUGGUAAAAUAGUUGAUAGAUUAAUCCAUAGAAAAAUAGUCGCAGCACUAAUACUUUGUAUUGCAUUAUUAGGUAUUUAUAUUGUGUUAUAGAUGAGAGCUUCAUAAAGCAUUCAUAAUGCAUAAUAAACAUGGCUAUAAUGUAUUAUACAUUUUUAUAUAAUAUUUAUAGCCAUGUUUCUAAUGCUUUAUGAAUGUAUUAUAAUGAGUCUUACAGACAUGGCAUUUAUAGAAAGUGUUACCUAGCAAACGACUUCUGGGUGCUGUAUCCUGUUGUAUAUUAGCUUCAGUUUCUCUCUUGGGUUUCAGAUGAGCUUCAUUAAAUAUGUGUGGAAUGA